GAUCAAUUGACGAAAAUGUCCUCAGAAUGCAACGGAGACUUAGGCUUUUAAUUAGAUGGUCGUGUCCUUUGCGUGCGUUGCAACAGCUUUGGAAGUGAAACCAUGUGAUGUUUAACAGCUUUUGUCUUCAACCUCCGCCAGAAGACAACCACAAAUUUUAGAUCAUUCAAUUUUGUUUUGUAACCCCAAGGGCAAUUCCGUCGUUAAAGAAAACCCCACGUGAAGACACAUUCCCAAAUGUCAACUUCGUUAUUUUGCCAAAAUCUGAGGGAUUUUUUUAUAGCUGGGCAUCCAUAUAAGCCCUGUCUCUCCUCUGUUUUGCCCUGAGCCACUUUCACGCAUCUCUCACUUUUUCUUUUGCUUUAUUUUGUAAAUUACACAAGACUAGCAGCAAUGCAACUGUUCGUCGUAUUGUCGGUCCUCCUCUACGCCACCUGCCAUAUCGCCCUUUCCGCUACCAAUGGCACCGUGGCCGACGGGCUAUUAGAUAAUGGUAACUUUGAGCUCGCCCCAAAUGCAGCAAAUAUGAGGGGCACCGUGGUUGUGGGACGCUAUGCAAUACCAGGAUGGGAAAAUGAGGGCUUUGUUGAAUACAUAAAGUCUGGGCAAAAGCAAGGGGACAUGUUGCUGGUGGUGCCCGAGGGAGCCUAUGCAGUCAGGCUCGGAAACGAGGCAUCCAUCAAGCAGAAGAUAAAGGUGAUCAAAGGGAUGUACUACUCCAUCACAUUCAGUGCAGCACGGACUUGUGCUCAAGAGGAGCGAUUGAAUGUAACUGUGGCACCGGAUUCCGGUUUGCUGCCUAUCCAGACGGUGUAUAGCAGCACCGGUUGGGACAGCUAUGCAUGGGCAUUCAGAGCAGGAUCUGAUGUUGUAGUGUUGAUAAUUCAUAACCCGGGAGUGGAGGAGGAUCCAGCUUGUGGACCACUCAUUGAUGCUGUUGCUAUCAAGGCUUUAUAUCCUCCCAGACCAACAAACAAGAACAUAAUGAAAAAUGCUGGUUAUGAAGAAGGUGCAUAUAUAUUCCCCGACACUCCAUGGGGUACCCUAAUACCACCCAACAUUGAGGAUGAUCACUCUCCUCUCCCUGGCUGGAUAGUUGAAUCACUCAAGGCCGUUAAAUACAUUGAUUCAGCCCAUUACUUUGUGCCUCAAGGGCGAAGAGCAGUGGAGCUAGUAGCUGGAAAAGAGAGUGCCAUCACUCAAAUAGCAAGAACCAUCAUUGGCAAAAAAUACAGGCUCUCAUUCUCCGUAGGAGACGCUAACAACUCUUGUGUAGGUUCUUUGGUAGUGGAGGCAUUCGCCGGAAAAGCCACACUCAAAGUCCCAUACGAGUCAAAGGGCACAGGUGGAUUCAAGCGUGCUGCGCUUAUAUUCCAGGCUGUUUCCAACAGGACAAGAAUCAUGUUCCUUAGCACGUAUUACACUAUGAGGAGUGAUGACUACUCUUCUCUAUGCGGCCCUAUUGUUGACGAUGUGAAGUUAUUAAGUCUCCGUAAACGUUGAUGAUGAUCGAACUGCUCCGGGGCUGUUAAUGAAGCUAGACGGAUAUGGCCUAGAAUCUGGAUAUUUUGAAUGUUUUGCUAUGCUAAGAAAAAAUUUUUGGCAUGGAAAAUCAAUGGUUUUCCUGUGAGAGUUUAAUUAGCCUCUUAAUCCUACAAAAUUAGAGUAUAUAUAUAAUAUCAGGGUAGUUUACUAGUGUGAUUUUAUUACGUGUUUAUGAAUAAGGAAAAAAAUUGGUUAAUU